AUGAAUUGCAUAGUGAGCUACUCUGCAAUUCGCCUAUUUAGUCAUAAAUUGUGCCGCAGCAGCAUGCAAAGACAAGAGGAUGAACAAUUGCAGGGCACACACACACACACACAUACAGUAGUGUGCCUGAGGCUUUAUAAACAGCAGGCUGGGAUGCCGCACGCCUCCUUCACAUCCUGCCAUCAUGUUCGUCCAUCUCCAUGCUCUGUGUUGAUUGUUUUUUUUUUCUCCAUGUUUUAUUUUGCCUUCUCUAUUUCUCUCUCUGUUUCUCUCCUCCAUUUGACUCCCUCCCUCCAUCCUCAGCGGCGUUCGUGGCGAUCGGAGCACUAGCAGCAUCCGCGUGUGUCGGCGAGCAGUUGAAGUCGGCUUCCUGCCCAUUGAGAUGUGCUGGGAGGAAGCACUGUGAGUUCAUGCUGAUGAAAUUGAUCUGCUCAGUGAGCUCGAACCAGAGCCAUGGGGAGUACCCGGACUGCAGGAGUGAGCGCGAGUCUGGGGGCGAAGCGUCUCUCCUGGUGUCUCCGCUGGUGGUGGCGGGUAUCGUCAUAGGCCUGGUGCUCUUCCUCUCCUGCGUCACCAUCAUCGUGGGCAGCCUGCGCAAGGACAGCCGGCUACGAAACCCUCACCUGAGAGCCAGCUACGGUCCGGACGGUUACUCCUUCGGAGGCUCUGUCGGAGAACUGAGGUCUACCUGCUUAGAAGACUUUCCACCCGGUUUGGACUUUGACUCUUACAGUCUGUCACAAGUCAACCACUUAUACCCCGACUCUCCACCACGUUACGAUGAAUGCGUGGGCCCGGGUUGCACUCACCUCUACAUACCCACAGACGACCCCCCGCCAUACUCGCUGUGGGACCCCCGUCAGAAUGAGUCUGAGGGGGCAGAGGAGGGUCCAAGUACCGCCGGCACCGCCUCGCCACCCUCGGCGUAUCCACGCAUCGCAUCCAUCUCCUUCCCGUCAGAAGCAGCGCCACCGUACGAAGUGGUGCCCCCGUACGAGGCGGUGGUGGCCGAACACGGGCAGCCCCUCCCCCUCGUGCCAUGUGACCUUUCCAAAUAUCAAACAGAGAGGGACACGGACGCCAACCGGCGGCAGUCAGGGAUCAGCCAGAUCUCGUAAGAUGACUUGUUUGGACCUUUCACUGGCGCCUGUCCUCUGCCACCUCACAAACUGUGGCAGAUUUUUAAUUUCCAAACUUUGCGUGGAAUGAAACUCAACAGAAGGAAAAGUUUUUCUUCAGGGAGUUCACGGACUAAACAAAGUCUCCCGGUUCUGGUGAAACGGAUGUCAUUUAAAGACUCACCUCCAUGUUGAGGUAACACAAUGGACGCCAGAAACAAACUGGCAUUUUCAAGUUGAAGCUACUAUACACAAGCACACCGUAGCACGUACUACUAAGUCACUACUACCAAAACGUUCAAGACCAAACAAACUAGUGUUUUGCAAACUUUGUUAGGCAAAGAAAAAUGACAAUUUAGGCCAUUUAAGUUAAAAGAUCGUCCGACAAAAAGUCAUCCAUGUCCUAUCACAGUCACCUACGUAUUUGGCUGUUUUUGUACUCUGGUCAAAGCAAUAUGUGCCAUCUUGUGACAUCAUGGUGUCAAGACAGCUGAAGAGAUUCAUUUAGAAUAAAAAGGUAGUGUUUUGCCACCAUUCUUGAGGCAGA